AUAUGGCAGGUGCUAGGACCUAGUGGCAUUCCGGCAACUUCAGAUGGAGAGGAGACUUCACCCCGGGAGGGGAGGCGGGGUGCUGUGGAAGCAGGUAUGGAAAAGCCAGUUCUCCCACACCUGAGCCACUCGAACUCCACCUCGGCUCUCCUCACACCAUCUCCAGGAUUUCAGCAGCAUUUACACUUGCUCGUUACAUCGAAAGCAUGUUUCUUGCAAAGGCCUUGUUGGAAGGGGCCGAUCGAGGUCUUGGAGAAGCUCUUGGAGGCCUCAUUGGAGGAGGGGUUCAGAGAGGAAGAGGAGGAGGAGGAAGCAUCGGAGGGAUAGUUGGCGGGCUUGUGAAUCUGAUCAGCGAGGCUGCUGCGGCUCAGUACACGCCAGAGCCCCCUCCCACCCAGCAGCACUUCACGGCCGUGGAAGCCUCGGAGAGUGAGGAGGUGAGGCGUUUUCGGCACCAGUUUGCACAGCUGGCUGGACCAGACAUGGAGGUGGGCGCCACUGACCUGAUGAACAUUCUCAACAAGGUCCUUUCUAAGCACAAGGAUCUGAAGACUGACGGCUUUAGCCUUGACACCUGCCGUAGCAUCGUGUCGGUCAUGGACAGUGACACCAACGGGAAGCUGGGCUUCGAAGAGUUUAAGUAUCUGUGGAACAACAUCAAGAAGUGGCAGUGCGUUUACAGGCAGUAUGACCGGGACCACUCCGGGUCUCUGGGCAGUUCUCAGCUGCGGGCAGCUCUGCAGGCUGCGGGCUUCCAGCUGAAUGAGCAGCUUCACCAAACGAUUGUCCGGCGGUACGUCAACGAGGACGGGGGUAUGGAUUUUAACAACUUCAUCAGCUGCCUGGUCCGCCUGGACGCCAUGUUCCGUGCCUUCAAGUCCCUGGAUAGAGAUGCAGAUGGCCUCAUUCAGGUGUCCAUCCGAGAAUGGCUGCAGCUGACCAUGUAUUCCUGAAGUGAGCAGAGAAGCCCAGAGCCUCCCCGGGGGACAGGACUGCCGAGAGCCUUCCCCACUGUCCACGCUUGCCGUCACCCUGUCCGACAGCUGUCACUCACUGGCCAACCCUCUCAGGAGCCCUACGUAUUUCUGAGAGCAGGCAUCCCUUAACUGCUUAAUUAAAACAGAUUUUUCCUAAAAACUGUUUUCAGGGGUUUGUACAUCAGCUUUUUGAGAUACCGGAUUCACGUAGAUUUAUAGAUAUAGUGGGAGGUGGUGGGGAAAGUUCUGGCAGAAUAGAUUUUAAAAGGUGGUUGCUUAUUUGGUGAAUGAAUUCCAGCCAUUUGGAACUUUACCCUUGUUGUGACUAUUAUUAAUAAUGAAAUUUUUUUAAAUCCUGAAAUAAAUCAACAAAGCACUGAA